AUGGAUGAUACAUUAUCAACUUCUUCUUCUUCUGACGAUAGCGAUAUUUUUUCUCAUCUUAAUCCAACAGAAGCUGAACAGAUUUUAUUUUUGAAGUCAAAUGUGCUUGAGGAAAAAUUGAAAAUUGCAAAUCUCGAAAUUGCUAAAUUACAAGAAAAUGAAGGGAAAUUUAAAGAAGAAAUUACCAAGCUUAAAAAUGAAAAUAAAUUAAUUUCUGAAUUAUAUAACAAUCAGAAAGAAGAAUUAAGUAAUGUGAGUUUUUUUGGUGAAAAUAAAGAUUUUCAAAUUAAAUUUUAA